GAUGGCUUGUGCGUUCAGAGCUUGAGGUACAUGCUGCGGCGCGUUCACUCCCUAAGAUACGGCGCGUCAGACGUCUUGUUGCAGUAUGACUUGCUGUAGUAUGCAGCUUGUGAUACCCCCCAGAACAAUUAAUUGAGUUGGUGUGUCGGUUCACUUCCAUCUGUACUAUCACAAACGUCAGCCGGAAUCCGCCCUGAUUCUGCUCUCUUUCUUUUUAUUGUAAUUCAAAUUCCAAUCGCUACAACAAGUACUUACAAUCAUCGCAAUCAAUUGGAUAGCUUGCGUCUAGCUCAAACCAGCCCGAGAAGCUGCGUCAACUCAACAUGUCGUCAAAUCCGCCGCCGCCCACCUCUAAGCAAGUCCAGAGUGCGCCUGCGGAUGCGCCUGCGGAUGCGCCUGCGACGGAGUCGACAACAGCCCGCCGUGAGAGCAUAUCGCAACGCUCAGAAAACUCCCAGACUGCUGCCGACUUUAUUAGGGAUCAGAUGCAGCUAGAAGCUGAUGCGCGUGAAGCUCUGCCUUACAGCAUCGAGAAUUGCACCAAGCCCCUCGGCUCCUUGAGACAGAAUGUUUUCGCCUGUCUGACCUGCAACCCUCCCCCCCAUUCUCCUGCUGGUGUUUGCUAUUCCUGCUCGGUCCAGUGCCACGGCGAACACGAACUCGUCGAGAUAUUCCAGAAGCGCAACUUCACCUGCGAUUGCGGCACUACGCGAUUCACCUCAGAUCAGCCAUGCACCUUGCGUAUCAACUCGGAGACGAACACAAAGGGCGGUGUCCACUCGGAACCCGCAGAUCCCAACAACAAGUACAACCACAACUUUCGCAACCGCUUCUGCUCUUGCGCUAUCGACUACAAUCCCCAUGAGCAAAAAGGCACCAUGUUCCAGUGCCUGGGUCUCGGUACCCAUGAGGACGGCGGGUGCGGCGAGGACUGGUACCACCCCGGGUGUCUCAUGGGCUUGGGCCCCAAGUGGUACGAAUCGUCCAAGGGCAACAGCAAGAGUAACCGCAACGGUGACGGUUCGCUACCAACUAUAACUGAGGACGGCCUGCCACCAGACAAUGCUGCUGUUGCUGACGGAGAGGAUGAGGAGGAGGAGGAUGACGCGCCACUACCCGACGGUUUCCCAAGCGAAGACGACUUCGACCACUUUAUUUGCUACAAGUGCGUCGAUGCCAACCCCUGGAUCAAGAGAUACGCAGGUGUCCCAGGAUUUCUGCCUGCCGUAUUUUUUAACAAGGGAGAUGGCGCCUCGUCCCCCAAAAAGCGACAACGAGAUGACGAAGAUAAUGUUGGAGAUGAAGCCAACGAAGCCAAGCGCCUCAAGAGCGAGCAAACAGAGCAGGGUCCUCUGGUUUCAUCAACACCACAGGACAACACUCCGGGUGCCGAGGUUGCAGGGAAUUUAAAGGAGGAAUCGAAGAUAGAAACAGAGGAGGAAUUGACGAGGGAAAUUGCUUGCAAGCUCGACUCACUUCCUUCUGCCUCCCCAGGCCAAUUCUCCCUCUUUGUAAGGGACAAUUUCCGUGACCAAUUUUGUCGCUGUUCCAAAUGUUUCCCCAAACUAUUGCCCCACCCACAGCUCCUUGAGGAAGAGGAGGCCUAUGAACCGCCGCUCACCGACGAGGCGUCUGAGCACGCAUCGACACAUGCAAGUGGCUCCAUUUACGAACGAGGCGAGUCUGCACUACGCAACGUAGAUCGUGUUCGUGCCAUCGAGGGUGUAAUGGCCUACAAUCACAUGAAGGAAAAGCUCAAACCUUUCUUUGAGCAGUUUGCAGGCAGUGGCAAGGCCAUUUCUGCAGAGGAUGUCAAGGAAUACUUUGCCAAACUGAGAGGUGAUCAAGAGGCCAUUCAAGAAGCUGGCGAGGCUGCCAAGGCCGACAAUCGCCAUGAGCAGAGCGGUUACUAGGAAUCACAUGGCGAGAUCAUGCUGACCUUGGCAUAAAUCAAGGGACAGUUAAUGAG